UCCCCUUAUCAAUAUGACAUCAUUUAUCGUCCUGGAAGGGAUAAUCAAGCUGCUGAUACAUUUUCCCGUAGUUUCUGCGGUUCCUUGCAGUCAGUGUGCGACUUGAAAUUUCUCCAUGACUCUAUGUGCCAUCCUGGAGUUGUCCGAAUGAUGCAUUUUGUACGCUCGAGAAACCUUCCAUUCUCCCUUGACGAGGUGCGCAAUGUAACCAGUAAAUGCGUGACAUGCUGUGAGUUAAAGCCUCAAUUUUACAAUCCCUCUAAUUUCAAACUCAUAAAAGCAACCCAACCUUUUGAAAGGUUAAGCAUCGACUUUAAAGGACCUCUACCGUCAGCUAGCCGCAAUCACUAUCUGCUCACGCUGAUCGAUGAAUAUUCUCGAUUCCCCUUUGCAUUCGCCUGCCCCGACAUGUCGUCUCAAACGGUAAUGAAUUGCCUUUGCCAACUGUUUUCGAUUUUCGGUAUGCCUUCUUACAUACAUACCGACAGAGGCGCUGCUUUCAUGUCUACCGAAUUACGGGCAUUUCUUCUGGAGAAAGGCGUAGCAACCAGUCGUACUACCUCAUACAAUCCUCAAGCCAAUGGGCAGGUCGAGCGCCUCAAUGGAACACUUUGGCGUGCCAUCACUCUAGCAUUAAGAUCACGGGGCCUACCAACGGCACAAUGGGAGUCUGUUCUACUCGACGCCUUGCAUUCCAUCAGAUCUUUGCUCUGUACUGCAACGAACGCCACGCCACACGAACGACUGUUUACCUAUAACCGAAGAUCGACAUCUGGGACAACUCUUCCUACUUGGCUCACUGUACCAGGACCAGUACUUCUCCGGCGGAGUGUUCGUCAGUCCAAAUUCGAUCCCCUGGUUGAAGAGGUGGAGCUAUUGAAUUGUAACCCGCAAUUCGCUCACGUUCGCUUCGGUAAUGGACGUGAAGAUACAGUUGCUCUUCAUCAUCUGGCACCCAAAGGCGAAGAUAUAGAUCAAGUUGAAAAUUCAAUACCGGAGGGCGACGCAAUUCCUGAGCAACAAGUAAAUGGGGAUGCGACCACUGAUCCUAAUAUUCUUCGUGAAGAAAAUACAACUGAAACGAACAACGGGCGUAUUCUUUUGGAAAAACAACAACGUGUACGGCCUUACAAUUUGCGUACCAGAGAAGCGUGACAUAAUGGCUCAUUCCUUUUCAAGCCGCAGUGAAUGUUGUGAACUUUUCUUAUAAUACGUAUCUAGUCAUAUUCAUAUCUCUACCGCUAUUAACACUCUUUUUUUCCUUUAUAUGUUUAAGCCAUUCCGGCUUCAUUGUAAAAUGAAUAAAGCCUAAAUUCUUGGUUCAUUCGUCUUUUCAAGAUUCAAGCAUCACUCAUCGUUCUAAGACUCAAUCACCUUCGUAACAAACGACUUAUCGAAAAAUUGCUCUGUUCAAAAUUGCACAUCUUAAUCCUAAAUACUUCAGAACAUGUCCAGAGCACGUAUUACAUAAUAAUCAAUGUUUAAUCAGUUGAUUUGCUUUGACAGUUGCACCUAAGUUGAUAUAAAUAGCUAAGGUUAUACUGAAAGGGUACCUGUGAAUUUUAUACUGAGACAAAAAUAUCUGACACAGAAGAAUGAAGUUGGUUGCAAGAAUAUUUCCCGUUACUACCUCACUGAUGGCACAUUUUGCUGUCGGAAUUAAAUAACAUUGACACCUAUUGGUAGAAGGCAUUUAAAAUUUUAUACUGACAGAGGAGAUCUGAAUUUCAGCUUGAAGUAUCGAUGCUUUGAGAAAGAGGUUCUUUGUGGAUAGUGAGUCUAUAUCCAAUGACACCACAAAUUUCAUGCACGUAUUAGGAAUCUUUCAUUGAUUCCUUACACAUUGUCAGGCUGUGAAACAAACGCAAUUGUUGGUGCAUAAUGUUUGUUAUAUUUCUUGGCCUACGACUGAUGUAAUGUUUUAUGGUUUUGAAAAAAAUUACAGUGAAUAUAUACAGUUGCUUAUCUUGAAAAUAUUACAUUUCACUUAAGUCCUCCUGCCACCGAGAUUAGAAAUCAGAUCAUACGUUAUAACUAAGUUAUAUGUACCGGGCCAUAAGGCACACUUGUUGUGAAAGGGCUGAUAAUACUACCCACUUGCUGAGGCUGAAGUAGGAUGUCUCUGUAUUACCGUUGUGGGUUCACAGUCAAGAAAAACUUUUAGACAAGAAGAAAAAGUUGCUCGAUGAGGUCAUAAAUCUUUACCAACUAAAUCGCUGGCGUGUAUACUAGGCAUCACCAUCAGUGGUCUAUGGUAACCGAAGUCGAAUUUAAUUGGAAAGCAACUAAAGUUGACCAGCUUAGUUUGGUGUCUCAGAGUGUUUGUUAAAGCCAUCCAUGAAGGUGUGUUCUAGAGAUGUUUGUCUGGAAACCUUUGGUGGUAUGGCCUGAAGUUGUUUGUAAUUAUCUACAAAUUGAGAACUUUAUUACCAAGCAUCUCUCAAACAACGUGACAUGUUUUUCCGUUGUGAAACGUUCUGAAUGUAGUAGCUUUUUUCUGUGUUGAUGAGCUUAUGCAUUUUGAUGCAAUAUUUUACGCCUCUGUAGCUGAUCAGCUCUAGCGCAAUUUCCUUAUUUGUAGAUGCUGAGUAAAAUAAUUUAAAAGACGUGUAGCAUGAUAGUAAACAAUGGAAGCAAUAAGUAAGCUCACUAAAUCUUCCUUCACUUUUGUUUAUAAUUAGAACUUAAUUAUGAUACUUAAUCACAAUAGUGAAUACGUACCUGAAAUAUUACUCAGAAUAAUUCAUGGUGGCUGUUUGAUCACAUUUUAAGAUUCCAACUGAUAACAAGAAUAUCUAGUAAAAUCGGUGUCACAGUCUAAGAAUAUAAUUUAUUCCUUUCAUUUUUCACCACUUACAUACCAAUUCGCCAUUGGAAAUUUAAUGUUAGCUUUUUUGUAUAUCCCGUCGAUAACAGUAAAAAUAGCUAUCCCAAUCAGUACUUAGGAAGGAUACAUUUUCUUAGUUCGCUAUCUAUAUAUUUUACAUUUUUGAUGCUUUUACUAUGGUGAGUCUGACUUGUUUUCUAUUUUUUUUGGCUUCAUAAGUUACAUUCUCACAGUAGAAUCCAUCCGACCAAUCCCAUUCAGUACUGUUCAAUGGUCAUGAAUAUAAAUAUCAAACACGUUAUUCAUUUGGCAACAUUUGUGCAAUAUCGCCCGAUAAAUCAUAUUUUUAUAUAGCGUCAGUCAGGGGGAGUGAUGCCAUCUGGUUCUGAAACACCACUGUUCACUCUCAAUAAAUGGUGUAACUUUUUUGGGAUAGAUUUAACUUGGACCUGUGAAGAAAAUGGUGCCUAUCACAACAAAGUGUUUCGCGUUACUCUUAUCGUUCAUCAUCGCAGUUUACGUGAUUCUGAAGUGUACUUUGGCAUUGGAAAGCGUAUUUUAGAAGCAAAACAUCGAGCUGCUGAAAAUGCUCUUCUAUCAUGCAGAUUGUUCGAGGAGUCCAGACUGAGUUUAGAGUUACCGGAGACUGAAAGACCUUGUAUCAAACUAAAGUGUGUAAAACCUUUUAUUAUUCUCAUGGAGUCUUCUUCGACUCCUGAUUCGCCCAAAUUACAGCUUAAACAGCUAGUUGCUUUACUUGGUUCAAAAGUGAAAUUUAUUCACUCGGGGCGUUCUACGGACAACGCUUUGCCUAUCAUGUACACUGCAACAGUAGGUAUUGUUGGUCGACAAUAUGUUGGAAAUGCGACCACUAAACCAGGUGCUGAGCAAGAAGCAUGUAUCGGAGCACUAGCAGCUCUACAACGGUCUCUCUUGUCCUUCAUCAAAAGACAGAAAACGAAGAAAGGAGUAGUUGAUGAUUCCAACAUAAAUAUUUGUCAAUACAUCCAUCCAGAGUCACCAUCAUGGAGAUUACGUAUUCUCUCCGGGUUGCAUUUUAUUUAUCCGCGUUUUAAGGUCAAAAAGUCAACUGGUUGUGAACCGAGUGGAUAUACCUGUACAUGUUUGUUAGAUGGUUGGGGGUCUACUGAAAGUUUGUCGAUGUCAGCAAAGAAGGCGCAAGAUUCCGCUGCUCAAGCAAUGCUAAAUAAGUUAAAUCAAACUGAAAAUAAAUGUUCUACAGUCCAGUUGUCUAAUCGAGACUCAAAUGCUGCAUCUCAGUGUGUACACAGAAAGAAUGUUAAGUCAGGCAAGGCUAAAUUACAAUUGAAUCUUAAUCGUGCAACUGAUCAAUCGGUACAUCCUGUGUGUAGAUUAGAGUGCUUUAGAGCUUCAAAGCGUUUAGAUAAAAUAAAAUAUACACUGUUAAAUGAACAACUGCAGAGUGGAAUACAGGGCUCUCUGGUAUCUGGGCGAUCAUCAUUUGUUUAUCAGAUUGAAUUUUUAAACGAAUGUAUCCAAGGUCCUGCAGCUAAUAAUAAACGUUUGGCUAAACGACUUGCUGCUGAAGCACUAUUGACAAAAUUGGGAUUAUCUAGUGAAAAAUUACCCGAAGUAAAAAGUGCUUUACGAAUAGCAGAGGUUCCGUUUCCUGAUAAUGAUGAUGCGGAGAAUAGCUUGAGACAUUCAUCUCACGGUAAUCCUGUCCCCGCGGAAAACAACGAUAACGGAGGUAGAUCAGGGUGCCUACCGAAUCAAAUGGUUCACAGCAAGGAUUAUCAUGUGAAUUUUAGUUGUACCAGUGAUACUUUUGUCUUCAGCGAAGAAGACGAAGGGAAAUGCAGUUCAUUGGGCAGACGAAAUUCUCAUCCCGUACAAAAGAAAGAUGUAAAGUCAAAAGUGCUAUACAAUAAACAAAAUCCUCGUUCUUAUUCAAGUAUGAAUCUUUCAAUGAAUGAAAUGCAUAACUUCAUGCAAAACCAUUAUACUUCAUCAACAUCAUCUCGUCUUUCAUUGCCAAAUUCAACAUCUGAUAGAGAACACAACAAAAAUUACAAGGAUUUUGGUGUCUUCGAUAAAACCAUUGGUUAUUGGACAGACUCUAAGAAGCUGAAAUGCAGUCUUAAAACCUGUUCUCAAAGCAUCUCAGAAAACGACUUGUCUGGAAACCACUGGCAUCGGAAACCAGAUCGCUUGUUUGAUAGUGCAUUCCCUAAUGUUUCCCUCAACUGUACACAUAUAAAAACGAAUAUAAGACUACAGCUUUUAGCUCGUGUCGCUGCCUAUUGUUUGAAAGAACAUGUUUCUAAUCCUUCACUACCAAUGAAUACAAAAAAAGGAUUACCUGGAGGCGAAAAUGUUAGUUUGGUUGACCAGUUGGUCCUUUUGUGCAAGCGUCUUUCAGUGCCUUGUCAUUUCAUCGAUUACCCUCCUACUUUUUACACUGGGCACAAGAAACAAAAAGAAGUUGAUUUAAGACAAUUCGAAUACACAGUUAUCCUAUUAGUUGGUAUAAAUCCUACAAAUUGUAUUACAACACUGAAUUAUUAUUCACAAAUGAAUGAUGGUUAUAUAUCAGUGAAGGCUUCAGAUUAUACAAGAAGUAUAGCUAGACAAAAAGCUGUUCAACUAGUGGUUCAGUGUUUAGCAAAAUUAAUUGAAUAACUUCGGAAUGUGAUAUGUGGUUUUAUUUGUUUUGAAUGUAAAAGUAUACAUUUUAUGUGAGUGAACUCUUUACUUACUUAGUCUUUAUUUGAACAAAUGCAUUUAUUUAUUUAUUUAGUCAUAAUUUUCAAUUUUAUAGUUGUCAUACUGAUUAAGUGAUGUAUAUUUUGAUCCCUUAUGAGCAUUUAUUCGUAUUACUUCUCUACUGUUUUGCAUAUUUGACAUAUACAUUUUUGGAGUGUGGUGAGGGGUGGAAAUGAAAAUUGACUUCAUGAUUGAUAACAAUGUGCUUUCUUUGCUUACUAAUAACUGUUUGUGAUGAUAAGACGACAUAAUGAUAAUAAUAAUUCACGCCUUUUAGAAAUAAAUUGAAAAGAAACCGACUACGUAAUCUAAA